UACGAGUACGGUGCUUUCGACUUGGUUCACUUCGCCUUCGCCUUGUGGAUCGCUGCUCCUUACCCGUAUAGUAAUCUCCUCACACUACUUACCGACGACGCUGCGCCUUCCCUCGCUACUCUGCUGUCUCAUGCAUGAUUCUAUGAAUCACGCAUUCUUCUUCCUUUUCUCUCUUCUGGCUUAUUUGGUGUAUAGUGUGUAUGGUGUGUAGUAUUUUUUUUUUCACCAUUCGAUAUUUGACUCCGAUAUAGCGUAUAUGAUACGUAUAUUUUUAUUUUCGCCACUAACCGGCCUCCUCUCCUGCGUUGCGGACCGGAGCUUGUACCUUGAAUCUUGAAUCGAAUCGAACAAUCUUGUCAGUUCUGAUUCCGAAUCCCGGGUGACCAAAGUGUUUAAUUUGGUGAAAAUUGUGUCGUGCGAUUUUAAUUUUUCGACUCGUACUCAUUAUAAAUUGUAAAGAGUUUUUCGCGAGAUUUUUUUUUUGAAAAUAUCGGUGGAAAUUUAGCAUGGAGUUUUGCUGUUUUUACUUCGAGUGUUGAUAUCGAUCAGAAUAAUGAAAAAAAAAAGAAUAAAAAAAUGAAAGAAGUUUCGAAGCAGGACAGUGCAGGACAUUGUUGAAUAAUGAUUAAGAUGGUGAGAGCAAGAUCAAGCAAAACAUGUGGGAUGGGAAGGUGAAAGGGAAUGAAUCGUCUACUACAACCUGUGCUAAUCGUAUCAUUAGCGGUUCUAAUCGUACAGACGAUCGAAGCAGCUUCCAGACCGUACUCGGGAUCUGAUCCAGGCAACGAUAUCAUCGAUCAUCGAUCCGCUAAUUCCAAGUCGAACUGGCAGCCUAAUUAUCUACGUAUCCUGAAACAAGAGCCGGCUCCUCCGAAUAAUGCCAGAUCACCGUUGUCUAAAGGUGUGAAAAAAUCCAACCGUGUGCGUAAAAAUAGCCCGCCUAAUAAACACGUGCUGGCCAAACUGGGCGUCAAAAAGGUUAACCGGCCGGGUGCCGAUUACUACAACGAUAACAGCGAAUCGAACGUAGUCGUCGUGAAAUUACCUCCGAAUCCGAACUACUAUAUUAAUUUGCAACCUUGCGACGAAAAUAGCAAAUUAUGCCCGGUAAACAAAGGCGCCAAAAAUUUACCUUUUAAUUUCGCCAUCAACGGUAAACCGAGUAAAAUAUAUCAUUAUAAUUUACCCAUGCUCGAUAAAGCCCAAAGGGUACGAAGCAGCAGUAAAGUACUGUCGCAUAAAAGGCAGACGAAAAACAACGUAAGCGUUUAUCAACCCGCCUUACCUAAUGCUAUUUCGGUAAACAGCUAUUUCAAAGGUAAUGGCAAAUUCCAAAGUAUGUACGUUAUGUCCAAGAAGAAAAAAAGGAAGCUUCAGUCGUAGUCUGACAUCACUUUUUAACGCCUAAUUAUCUCGAUGUAAAUUUUUACGAUGUACAGUUGUCAAUUAUUACCUUACCUACAAAAUACGUAAGUAUCGUUCAAACUGAUGUAUUGUUGUCAGCAUCUUCUUCUUAGCUGAUGUCGUCUUGAAAAACGGUUACGAAGACGUGUUUUUUUGUGUGAAAUUACUCCACGUAUAUGUGUUAAGGAUUUUUUUUUAUUUAUAUAUUUUUUUCUCGCGUCCUAUGUCGUGUUUAUUUUUGUAUUAUAGAGGUUUUUUUUCUACGUUCCCCUAUUUUUUUUUUUUUUUUUAAAUAAUUUUAUUAUUUUAUAAAUUUACGUGUAUAUUUAUUUGUUAACGUUAUUCGAGUUGAUUUAUAGCCCUAUUGACACUUUGGUGACAAUUUAAUCAAAUUUUUUUCUCGUAUUUGACCAAUCAAAACUAUAAAGUAGCAAAUUGUGACGAAUUGUCAGUAGGUUUUUAUUUGAAAAUUUUCUCAUUUUAGUCAAUUAUACGCGAAAAAGAGACUGAGUUUACUUUCAAAUUUGACAAUUACGUAGUAUAUUUUUUAUGUAUUAGAAAUAUUAGGUAGGUAAUGCGAAAGAAUAUAUUUUUUACGAAAUUUUUUUUUGUAAGACUAUAAUGUUUAUUUAUUGAUCGUUAUUAGUGAUUUAGAUAUUUUUUUAAAUUAUUAUUUUUUUGUAUUUUGUAAUAAAUUUGUGCCAUGUCA